UUUCUGCCUGUGGACGCCGCCGAGUAAGCAUCGUUAAAGUCUCCCCUCCCACCGCCGUCAUGUCUAAGUCAGAGUCUCCCAAAGAGCCUGAACAGCUGCGGAAGCUCUUCAUCGGAGGUCUGAGCUUUGAAACAACCGAUGAGAGUCUGAGGAGCCAUUUUGAGCAAUGGGGAACACUUACGGACUGUGUGGUAAUGAGAGAUCCGAACACCAAGCGCUCCAGAGGCUUUGGGUUUGUCACCUAUGCCACUGUGGAGGAGGUGGAUGCAGCCAUGAAUGCAAGGCCACACAAGGUGGAUGGAAGAGUUGUGGAACCAAAGAGGGCUGUCUCAAGAGAAGAUUCUCAAAGACCUGGUGCCCACUUAACUGUGAAAAAGAUUUUUGUUGGUGGCAUUAAAGAAGACACUGAAGAACAUCAUCUAAGAGAUUAUUUCGAACAGUAUGGGAAAAUCGAAGUGAUUGAGAUCAUGACUGACCGAGGCAGUGGCAAAAAGAGGGGUUUUGCUUUUGUAACAUUUGAUGACCAUGAUUCUGUAGACAAGAUUGUCAUUCAAAAAUACCAUACUGUGAAUGGCCACAACUGUGAAGUAAGGAAAGCGCUCUCUAAGCAAGAGAUGGCUAGUGCUUCAUCCAGCCAAAGAGGUCGAAGUGGUUCUGGAAACUUUGGUGGUGGUCGUGGAGGUGGUUUUGGUGGGAAUGACAACUUUGGUCGCGGAGGAAACUUCAGUGGUUGAGGUGGCUUUGGUGGCAGUCGAGGUGGUGGUGGAUAUGGUGGCAGUGGGGAUGGCUAUAACGGAUUUGGUAAUGAUGGAAGCAACUUUGGAGGUGGCGGAAGCUAUAAUGAUUUUGGCAAUUACAACAAUCAAUCCUCAAAUUUUGGACCCAUGAAAGGAGGCAAUUUUGGAGGCAGAAGCUCUGGCCCUUAUGGUGGUGGAGGCCAAUACUUCGCCAAACCACGAAACCAAGGUGGCUAUGGUGGUUCCAGCAGCAGCAGCAGCUAUGGCAGUGGCAGAAGGUUUUAAUUACUGCCAGGAAACAAAGCUUAGCAGGAGAGGAGAGCCAGAGAAGUGACAGGGAAGCUACAGGUUACAACAGAUUUGUGAACUCAGCCAAGCACAGUGGUGGCAGGGCCUAGCUGCUACAAAGAAGACAUGUUUUAGACAAUACUCAUGUGUAUGGGCAAAAAAACUCGAGGACUGUAUUUGUGACUAAUUGUAUAACAGGUUAUUUUAGUUUCUGUUCUGUGGAAAGUGUAAAGCAUUCCAACAAAGGGUUUUAAUGUAGAUUUUUUUUUUUUUUUUUGCACCCAUGCUGUUGAUUGCUAAAUGUAAUAGUCUGAUCAUGA